AUGUUUCUGAUGGUAAUAGGAAUCACUGCGAAAUUAAGUGCAAGAAAACGAGUCCACAUGGAUCUACAAGGUGCAACAGGUCUUCCCCCGCUUCUGUCUAUCCUCGAGAGACCAGAGUCACUGAACCUUCCCGGGUAUACUACGCACCAAAACAUGACGAAGGAAGGAACGGAAGUUGCCGUAGAACUGCCUGCGGCAUUUCCCGCAUCUCGAUCCAUCCUUAUCAAGUGUGCCAACUACCACUUCAACCGCAACCACCACCAUCAAGCUAUUUUCAAGAAUGCCGCCCUUCUUCUUGGCUUUGCCCUCACGCUGUACACGCUCUCCUUUUGCUUUCGCACUACGAGCCCGCCUUCACCGCCGCCAGUGUUUUCCUCAGAAAAACACAGUGUCAAGAGACUGUCUUUGCCGUCGAGCGCAUAUUCGCUUUCACCGCCUGUACCCUGCGUAACCAAAAUGGACGAUAAUGAUAUCCCCUUCUUUGCGCCCUAUCAUACGAACAUUACGCCUGCGGACCCAAAGCUUCAGCCGGUGACUGGAUACUCGCACGGAGUCAUGGCCGCUGGUCGUAACUUCUUGGCUGGAGCGAAGAAGAGCAAGGGCGGGCGAAUCUUUUUGGGAUAUUGGUUGUACUGGUUUUCUGCUUUCAGAACUCAUCUACAGGGUCUUCCGUACAUCCCGUUCUUUAAGGUCAUCUCUACCUGCGCCAGUCAGAUUCAAAGGCAUAUAUCCACCUCCUUCCGCCGGACAAGCACUGCCGGAUGGUAUCUUGAUGCGGCCCUUUCUUCUUCCUCCGAUAAACCGGAUCGAAGGCUCCUCGGAUUCUCAGCCAAUGACCCCGCUAUCCUCGCUUUUUCUUUUUCGUUUGGCAAGGAUUUACAAGAUGAGCAUCCCCCCAUGUUCUCCGAGAUUUAG